GGCCGGGCCGGGCUGUGGCGGCGGCGGCGGGGAGCGGGGCGCAGGGAGCGGCGCGGCCAUGGCGAAGCACACGGUGUCGUCGGCCCGCUUCCGGCGGGUGGACGUGGACGAGUACGACGAGAACAAGUUCGUGGACGAGGAGGAAGGAGGAGACGGGCAGGCGGGGCCCGACGAGGGGGAAGUGGACUCGUGCCUCAGGCAAGGGAACAUGCUGGCCGCGCUGCAGGCGGCUCUGAAGAACCCCCCGAUCAACACGAAGAACCAGGCGGUGAAGGAUCGUGCAGAAAGCAUUGUCCUGAAGGUUCUCAUCUCUUUCAAAGCCAACGAUAUAGAGAAGGCAGUGCAGUCGCUGGAUAAGAAUGGUGUCGAUCUGCUGAUGAAAUACAUCUACAAAGGCUUUGAGAGCCCCUCUGACAACAGCAGUGCUGUGCUGCUGCAGUGGCAUGAGAAGGCCCUGGCUGCCGGAGGAGUGGGGUCCAUUGUCCGCGUUUUGACUGCCAGGAAAACGGUUUAACUCCAGCAGGGAGCAGCUGUCUGCCAUCCGUGGCGGGGGAGAUGCUGGUGCAAAACCCAACCAACUCAAUGUCAUUGCUGCCCUGUGGGCAGUUUCUGUCUCUCAGCUUGUCUUCUCACUGCUUCUUUCAUACCCGACAAGUAAUGCAUAUCGUGAUCUCUUCUUGUUAAACUCUGGAAAAUUAUGAAGGUGCAAUUUUAUUUCUAACAGGAAUAUUUGGUACUCAAGCAUUUCAGUGACAUGUAUAGAGCUACGUAUAAAACUUCGUGUUUAGGAUGAUUUGCAUUUGUGUAUAAUUGUGGCAGAUUUGGACCUGACUUUCCAAACAAAAGCUGAGGGACGUAGGACAAUGUCUUAAUUCUUUUUUUGCUAGCCAAGCAGUGGCUUGACGUAAGAUAAAUAUUUGAGAAGUGGGGCAGCUAUUCGUGUAGGUAACUGGACCACGUUUCCUUUGGUCAGCCUCUGAACCUACAGCAGUGAACAGGGCAGAAUACAACGGCUCCCUUCCGACCAAUCAUCGUUCCAGAAAGCUGAGUAUUUUCUUUAACCUCACAUCUUAUGGCCAGUUCUGAAGUCUUGUCAUCAGACGCCAGGCCCCCAGUGGGAAAGUCACACAGGAUAAAGUUGCCUGUCCUGCAGUUUGGAUGGCAGAAUUUAAAGGGUUGAUGGUCCAUUUACACUGGAGCACAGUCCAGUGAACUCUAUUUUGGGGAGUAAAAAUCCUAAACAGGAGAAGACAAAGGAGCUUUCACACAGGAAAUCACCUUUCAGCAACUUGAAUGUGAUUUGAUUCUCUCCAGCACAACAUGGUGGCUCCCUCUGGUAAUCUGAGAAAUAAAUACUGGUAUCCACACCAGCCUUGCAAAGCUCCCAUAUUUUGUUUUCUAGAUACAGUUUUAAGGGUACCAGAUGGUUAACAUUCCUGUUGUACCACAGUGUGUUAGCUAGUGGGCAAAUUAAGUUCUAAAAUAAAGAGGAGUAUUUUAAAAAGAAUUAAGAAAGCCCAGGGCAUCCCAGACCACAGAUCACCACUGAAGGUUAGGGGCCAGGACUGAUGUAAACACGUUUUAUGUUCACCAUUUUACAGCAAUUCAGUUGUGUAAAACUGUUGGGGAAUUUGUGAAGCCUUUGCUGUUUUUUGAUAUCUGCUUUUUUGUUUUUUUGUAAUAACAAUAAAGACCAGACAAAUAAAUUGUCACUGAAUAUUUA